CGGCGGGAAACGAUGGGAGCAGCGUCCGAUUCCCGCUUUUACCCCCCUCCUCUUUCGCUUCCUCUUCUCUCCUCCGUUCACUUCCGUUCUCACUACGCCCUCUCCCAAACCCUAAUCCCAAAAUCGGAAACCCUAAUUCACGAAGGCUCCCUAGAAACCCUGCCCAGCGCUAUUCAAUCGAAGGGGGGACAUGGAGGACGAAGGGCUCUCCGGCAUCUGUGCGGGGCUCGGAUCGGCCGAGGAGGACGAAGACGGGGCCAUAAUUGGUUACACUACGGGCGAGAACUGUUUAGAUAAUCUGAAGGAUCUGCAGCGAUAUCUACGGCGCGAUGAUCCGCAAAGGCGAAAUGUAUUCAAACAGAUCUGCAAAUGGAAUGUGGUAUCUCAUGACCUGAUCCCGAUCAUUGAGUACUAUCAGAAUGAUCACAAUUUGAUGAUUAGUGCUGUUAAGAUCUUGGUGUUCCUCACCAUGCCUGUAGAUCCAAGCUCUGAUGAUGUAGCACAGCAGAUAGAGUGUUUGUGGGAUCUAAAAGCAGCAAUGGCACGUAAUGUGAUGAUAGCAGUUAUAGUAUCUCUUCUCGAAGACCCAUUGGAUCAUUUGGAACGUGAUUCUUUUACAGAAGAUGACUGGAAGUUGGUUCAGCUGGUUGUUACUUUGUUUCGGAAUAUCUUAGCCAUCCAAGACAUAACUUUGCAGCAGAAGGCUUCAGGAUCGGCAACACAAUUUUUGUGUUUGACAGAUAGCAUUUUGGAGCUCUUGUUUCAAGAAAAUAUUAUGGACAUAAUAUUAGUUCUGACACAGCAUGUUGGUGAGUCUUCUGGUUAUCUUCAGCAAGACAAUUUGCUUUUGCUGGAGAUUUUCCACAAUAUAUUUCUUCGCCGGGAUCCGGAGUUAAUUGCUAAAGUUUAUAACAAGAAAUCAGAGACCGAUGGAGAUAUCAAUGCAUCCUUAGAUUCACUAAAGUCAAUUAUGGAGGAAGAAAGGGAGAAGAAAAGGAUAAUCAAGCAAAGGAGCUUAGAACGCCAUUCAAUGUUUAGUGGAACAUUUACUCGCCUUUCAAUGGAUGGCUCUAAAAUGCUAUUUAAAGGCAACCCAGCUUCUGCCAGUGGAAAUAGCUUCCUGAAAGUCCAUAAGGUUCAAAGGGGUCCACUUAAAAGAAUUGCAUGGGAUCAUGGGAGCCUACUCCUGCCAAAGAAAAAUAUUUCAGAGCUACUUCACAAUUUUCUAAAUCAAUUCUUGUCAGGAGGUUACAAUGUUUUGAUGCAGUCUAUUCUUAGGGACAUCGAGAAAGAGGAUCCAUCUAUUCAGCACAGUGAUAUUAUUACAUUUUUCCAAGUUGCUGCUUUUGUCUUUUCUUUUCAAUACCAGAGGGCCUUAGUUUGUAAGAAACCGGAUAUGAAGGGAUCUACAUCUGAAUCCUCACUUAAUUAUGAAGAUGUUGAUCAUUCAUCAUUUUCUGGGGACCUAUGUGGAUCUGUUGCAGCAACAAUGAAUGGGGCUAUGUUCAAUUUAGUCAUAAACAAGUGGCGUGAGGCUUUUGAAAGUUUGAAAGAGACUAGUGAUUAUAAGACUCUAUCAGCAGCAGGCUCUCUUAUGAAAAAGAUGAUUCGUUUGAUAGAUUUGGUGCUGAAGAUAUUUCCUGAAGAUUCUAAGGAACCGCAAACAGCUCGGAUUUUGCUAUACAAGUUGUUUUAUGAUCAGACAGAUCAAGGGCUAACUCACUUUCUCUUCAACCAGUUCAAAUCUUUUGAUUCACACAAACAACCUAAAAGUGAUCUUGCAGAUUUACUAGAAAUAAUCCAUGUAGUUUUUCGGCUUAUGGAGAAGCUUCAAGCAUGUGGUUUGUUAAGGGUUUCAAAAAAGACAAGAAGAGGUAGAAAAAAGAAGGCGCCAAAUGAAAAUGUUCACAAAGAAGCUGCAAAUGUUCAUAAAGAAGCUGCAAAACCGAGAGAGGCAGAUGCUAGUACAACAGAAGUAAACAGUCAAUUGGACGAGUCUGGCAUGCCAACUUGUCAACCAUUUGUAGAUUCAGGGGAGUUAGGGCAGGAGCAAGUGGAGCCAAAUUUGCCUGAAGCUGCUGAUAUUGAAGGCAAGUUAUUCUCAAAUCCACUGGACAGUGAGGAAGUGAAUACCAACUUCAUUGACAUAGCAGAUGGAACAUCAGAUUAUUCAACAGAUGAUCAGGUUCCUGCUACAAGUGAAGUUGAUUUCAAUGUAUCCAGAUUGGUCCUUAGUUUUGCAAACAAUGCUGUUAUAAAUAACUUAGGCUGGCUAUUGAGGUACUACAAGAGCAACUCUGUUGGUACAAAUCACCACCUUAUAUCCAUGCUACGCAGGUUUUGCGAAGAUCUGGAGAUGACCCCAAUGCUCUACCAAUUAUCACUUCUCACCAUCAUUUAUGAUAUAUUAGCUGACAAAAAAUCAACAAGAUGCAAGGAGUAUGCAAAUAUUACAAGUUUUCUUACCAAGUUUGUGAGGAAGAUGCUGAAGUUAAUGACAAAACAACCUUUGUUUUUUGUUGAAAUACUCUUCUGGAAGACAAGAAAAGAGUGUCAUUGCAUGAAUGCAGACGCACUGAUGUGUGACAUAGCCAACUUCAAGAAAGAUAUUAGGAACUUGGGAAAUAAUGGAACUGGUCUGUCAAAUAACAGAGAACAAGUCCAGAAAAGCAUAGCAGACUCUCUUGGUGAUGACGAAGCUGAUUUAGCCGUUCCUUAUUAUCCUCAUCAUCAGACGGAGGAAAUUUCAUCUGAUGGUACUCAUGAAGAUGACUUGGAUAAACCAAAUGAAGUUACAAAUAAAAAGAUCAGCUCAAGAUCCCUUGUGGAUAAAGGCUCUGAAGACAAAAAUGGUAAUACUAUUUCACCCAAUUUUGAAACUACAAUGGCACCUAGGAGGAAAAGGGCUCCUGCUUUGAACCAAGAACAAGAGAACACAAUCAGAAAUCUGUAUGAAAAAUACAAGGACGAGCGCAAAUGCGCUCAUCUUAUUGCAGAAGCUUUAGACUCUGAUGGGAAAGUAUCUUCAGCUCAAGUUUCUCGGAAGCUUAAACAGCUAGGUCUUAGAACUGGGAUAAGAAAAACGCCCGAGGAUGGUGGUGCUUCCUCUUCAGCAAGAGAUGAUCCAAACAUUGUUCGUCUUAAUGCACUGGAAAGAGAUGCUUCUCAUAGUAUGAGUGAUCACGGGAAAGGCUCCAUUCUCGACAGCUCUAUACAUAGAAGAAAAAGAACACGUGCCUUCAGCAAGGAUCAAGAACUUCAGAUCAAAGAACUGUUUGCACGGUAUAAGAAUGAUGAAAAUUGCAGUCGCAUGAUUGCAAAGGCAUUGGACGCUGAUAACACAUACACUGCUUCCCAAGUUUCCCAUAAACUGAAGCAACUUGGGUUACUUGUUCUUGGAAAAAAAGUGUCACCUAUAGAUGUGGAGCUUACAGAAGACAAACGAACUAUUGAUAGUGAUGCGCAAUCUGAUGAAGAGACAUUACUAGGAAUGCUACCAAAAAGACAAAGGAAGACCAUGUUUUUGGCGGAUGCUGCAACAAUUGUACCACAGGAUGUGGAAGCAUCGAAAGACCAUAAUUCUGAUGUUGAAAUGUUGCGCACGGAUAAGAAAGCAUCAGAAGAUUAUGAUUCUGAUCGUGAGACGUUGAGCACCAUUCUCGGUCAAAGAAAGAAGAGGAUAUCACCAGUGGAUAUAAUGGCUAGAACUUCAAAGCUUGAGUCUGACACUAAGAUUCCAAGCGCUACUUUCGAGGAUGUCAUGGGCCAGCAUGAGUCUGAAUCAAAUCUUGAAAGUAGAAGAGAAGUUGUCAGCACUGAUGCUCUCGAGGAUGAUAUUGCGUCUGAGGUAGAUUAUACUGAUGACAGGGGGCAAGAAACAGGUAAUGAACUGAUGGAAUUGGAAGACUCUGGGGAUGAUACAAACUCUGCUGCCCCUCAAAAUGUUAUGCAUCGGAGGAACCUUAGAUUGGUUAUCGACGAAGAUGAAGAUGAGUGAGAAGAUUCUAUUGGAUCAUUUGAUCUGGUACGAAAUUGAGUGAAGCUAAACACGCAAGGGAAUUUAAACUCAACUUCAACAAGUUUGAAGCAUUAUAAAGAGCUUCACGUGUAGGAUAGAAGUAUAUAAAUGCCAAUAUAAAUGUAAUGUACUGUUACUAGGCACUUAUGGAGUUUUCUAAUGUGGGGAUUAGCCCUCUUAUUCAUGUAUAAAGUAGCAAGAAAUGGCACAAUAGUUUGGUAUGAGGUGUCAACAUAAGGGUUGCGUAUUAUUUUGGUGCUCACUCACAUGGCUAUUUAUUGGUAGAGACUGGGACCACUUAAAGGUCUACCUAAAAGACUUUCCGACACAUGACUUGGUUAAUAUAAACUAAACUUCACCUUCUCGCCAA